GGGUCACCUGACAGGAAGGUGGGGUAGACAUGGCGUCUUGCCUGGUUGCCGGGGAGCGACUGGUCCGUGCUCUGCGCCCCGGCGGUGAACUGGAGCCGCAGCAACUGCCCCCGAAGCUGCGCGCAGAACUUGAGGCUUCUCUGGGGAAGAAGCACAAGGGCAGCGAUCUCCCUAGUGGCCCCGCACGGCUGGUCCCUUUCCACCUGAUUCGGGAUCUGCACCAGUAUUUGAGAGAAAGUGGUUCAGCGUUAUACCUUCAUGAACUCCUACAAGGUAGUGAAAUCUAUCUCCCAGAAGUUGUGAAGCCUCCUCGGAACCCAGAGCUAGUUGCUCGACUAGAAAAAAUCAAGAUACAGCUGGCCAAUGAGGAAUAUAAACGGAUUACCCGCAAUGUCACCUGUCAGGAUUCAAGGCAUGGAGCAGCUCUCAGUGAACUGGGAAAGCAAGUGAGGUCAGUGAAGACUCUGGUCAUCACCAUCUUCAACUUCAUUGUUACUGUGGCAGCUGCCUUCAUCUGCACUUACCUUGGAAGCCAGUAUAUCUUCACAGAAAUGCCCUCGCGGAUACUGGCUGCACUGAUCGUUGCCUCUGUGGUGGGCCUGGCUGAGCUGUAUGUCAUGGUGCGGGUGAUGGAAGGCGAACUAGGAGAACUAUAACUGGUGCUUCAUCAUCAGUGUUUGGAGAGAGUAUGGAGGUUCCUGACUCCCAGUUUCUACUCACUGACUCUCAUUCAGUCCAUCAGGCUCGUUGGAAUCAGUUCCAGGUAGUCAGGGACUGAACCACGGUCACCUACAGUUCCUACAGGAAGCUCCAUCCAAUGUGAACUUUCAGGGGUGCCUGAAGACUCAGACAACUGCUUGGUCUCUUCCUUCUACAAUCCAUUCUGGGCACUGAUGGGCUGGGUUUUUCUAUCAGCAGAAAAUAGAAUCCAGACCUUCCUAGUGCCUGGAAUUUGCUUAUGUCCAGGAACUAUCAACCUCGCCGCAUACAUUCUUGACACGGCCUAUAAUUUAUAUCAGAAAUCUUCAAGAAAGCAGAAGGCAUUCUCUUUUUCCAGUUUGUGCUUGAAGAGGAGCUGCUCAGAGAGCAUCAAGAGAAAGAUGAGUUAGUACAAGAUAGUGGAAUUGGAAGCAGGGCAGCUAAUUUUCUGGAAUCUUGGUUUUUAUCUCCAUCCUCUUCUGCUUACUUAAAAAAUUUUUUUUUAAAUAUAUUUCUGCCUUUUUAAAUGUUUCCUUUCACCACCCUUUCUUUCGCCUCCAAAAAAUGAAAGCAUUUUAGAUGGCAAAACAGUAGGCUUGUUUAUAUCCUUUGUGCUUGUGAUAGUGGGAAGAGUAUGCCGUGGGUGGGUUAUUUCAGUGAGUAAAGGGAGACAUUCUGUGCAGACGGAUUAUUUUCAGGUUGAACUGUAUGAGUAACUCUGUCAUAAAGACACAGAAAUAUGUAGACAUGUAUACUUGUUACAUAAGCCUAAUGUGAAUUCUUGAGAGCUUGUUUAUGUGAGUGUGAAAUGUUUUAAAUAAAACUUUUGGUUUUCACACAUGUGGAAGUUGGAAAUUAAAAAGAUGUUGGUCCUCUUUUCUAGAAAACAGAAUAGUCUGAGACAGGUCUGAUGGCCAGCUUUGCCCAUCCUCUGUUAAUUGAAGCCAGACUCCUACGUGGUCUUUGCAUUGUUAAACUUCUAAUAACUUUGACUAAUGAUUCAAUGAUAAAUUUUUGUAUAAAGUGUUUAAAUAUUGUUAAUUAUUUGCCUAAUAAAUAUUUAUUGUAUUUUAA